AUGCCCAUGUCUGGUCUUGACUGGCCCAUUUUGCUCAACGCCUGUCUAAAAAGAACGCCAUGUCUCUCUCGUCCCAAGUGGACCGAUCUUGUUCAGCUACUCAUCCUCCCGGUCCGACCUCCAGUCCAUCCUUCUCCAGUCCUUCUGGGAUUACCGCCGUUCUCUGCUGCAGCUCGUGCUUAUUGCUUUUUUGCCUCUCCUUUCCCGUAUCCAUUCGUUUAG